CCUCGGUAACCAAUCCACAACUGCCCCCUGGUGACUCCACCCGUUUCAGGAAGCUCCAUGGUAACGGGUCGCUUGGGCCGGAUUCCCCGUGUCUCCACAUAUACGGCUUCUCAGGCACAGUGACCGCACGUUAGUUACCGAGACCAAGCAGGAGGUUGACCCCAAUGGGAGUUCUUAUCCGAGCAGCAGGGUUUAUGUGUAACACGGGGCGUGUUUGGCGGUGAGGGGGCGUGACCAGCAGUAGGGGCGUGUCCUGCUAUCUGGCAGUAGCUGUCGGCUGGUGGCAGGUUCAUUGUAUAGCAAACAAGUACCGGCCCCGAGAUCUGAUACCGAUUGGGCCUAAGCACUGACAUUGAUCCAGCACUUACCGAGGUCCUGUGAGUUUAGGUGCCCGAACCAGGAAGCUCUCCGCCAAGAGGAACAAGAUCAUCAUCAUCAUCAGCCAGUCAACCAACCACCACAACAAUAACAAGCUGACGAGGCCACGCCAACAACCCUGCGAGAUCUCACGCCGGGAAGAGAUCCAGACAUAAGCCGCUGGCCCAGCUUCGGAGAAGAAAAGAAGACGAGGAAGCAGAUCUUCAAGAUCCAGUGGUGAAAAUCGGUUACCCUGGCCUCAGACAUGGACCUGCUCCACAGCAACAUCCAGGUCCUGUUACAAGCAGCAGAGUAUGUGGAUAGAAAAGAGAGAGAAGCAGAACACGGAUAUGCGUCUGUCCUUCCCUGUGAUACAGCUACACCUGGGCGAAGGAAACGUCAAAGGACCAACAGUAGUCCAGACAGUGUCAGGUCUGUCCAUAACGAGCUAGAGAAACACAGGAGGGCUCAGCUUCGGAGGUGUCUGGAGCAGUUGAAGCAGCAGGUCCCUCUGAGCAUGGACACUUCUCGCCACACCACACUCAGCCUUCUGCACCGAGCCAAACAGCACAUCAAAAAAUUAGAGGACCAGGAACUGAUGGCAAAGAAACUAAAGGAAAAAUUGAAGGUAGAACAACAGAAACUUCGCCAGAGGUUAAAACAGCUUUUACCCCCCACCAGCACUGAGCGACUACGGACAGACAGCCUGGAUUCGUCAGCAUUGUCGUCUGAGCGUUCGGACUCUGACCAGGAGGACUUGGAGGUGGAUGUGGAGGGGAUCAUUGUAAGCGGUAAUGAGGGCGACCUCUUUGUCUCGUUCAGUGCUGGCACAGAACACAGUUACUCCACUCCAGCUCAUGCCUGGCUAUGACGGUGGAUGUCGGGCACAGACUUUUAAAACGGCACAGGACAGCUUUAUGGCCAACUUUUCCCAAGACCGAGCUUCUCGACGUUCGGACAGCACUCACCGUGGCCUUGCGUUGUCUCUACUGUCCUCAGUUGUCGUAUUUUCUGCACUCAGCCAAUACUUUUCAAACUUCACCGUAAUUAUUUUUGCAUUACCCGAAAAUUCCCUUGUCUGCAAGAAUCCAUCCGCUAAUGAUGGAUCCACUUUACCCAGUACAGGACUCCUGCGCCUUCUGUUCCAGAUGAUAGGUUAUAGGAAUGGGAACGACUUGCAUGGCCUGGGGUAUGUUUCUUAGUUCUGAACAUUAGAUUUUCUGUUUGCAUUGCAAGGAAGUCCAAGUUUGUGGCUUCCAUGUGCGUGCAUUUCAGACUGUACAAUGUUCACAAAACCCAUUAUAUUAGGAUAGCCAGGCUAGAAACCCAUACACCAAAUAAACAAAUCCAGUUAGCGAGAGGUCUUAGAUUUGUGCAUUAAGGGUGCUUUGAUGGGGAAAGGGGAGGCAGCUUAAUCAUUUGGGGAUCUAAACCAGCACUUAAGCAGGGUCUUGUUUCAAGCAACCUUUAGUUUUUACUCCAUACAAAUUGUAUACUUUGCGUUUAUAUAGUAGGUAAACUUUAUAUUUAAGUUCCUGACGGCAGUUUUCUAUGUACUGGCUGCAUAGGGGACUGUUGUUUAGAAGCACUUGCUUAUUAGAAGACUACGACAGCUGCAAUAUUUACCGUUGCACAAAGCUCUUGGUAGCUAUAAGAAGCCAGCAGUAUGACCUGAAAAACACAGGCCGCUGAUAAACGUCUUUCUCCAUGGACCUUAAAGAAUGAGAACAACACAAAAGUCAUUGGACUUUCCUUCUCUCUUCCUUUCUUCUGCGUUUCCCACCGGAAAGAUAUUCAGAAAACAUUCUGGGGUCUGCCCCACAAGGUAGCUUAGAUAGCAUUAAAUAUUUCCUACCCUUGGGAGGGUUAUUAUCUACAGCACUGCUUUUAAUGGCCAUAUUAAGGAAAUGACAGUUUGUGCACUUGCUGGAGAGGAAAGCCAGCUCAUUUUUUGGACUAUAGUACAGCGGGUGGUGAUAUGCAAUACAACUACUUCUUGCAACUGGGCUUUGCCUUCCGCAAGAAUGCUUGACAAUGUCCGAUGUUGUGUUAAGAAUGUAUUUAUAGAAAUACAUCACUAAGCGAGCUACCAACGCAAAAGAACUUACUCUUCAACGCAAGAUGGUGCAGUCUCACGUUCCCGGAAUCGGCAAACAUUCAGUAUAAACGGAUGUGUAUUCUGGGUGUAGAGGCAAACUUUUUAUAUGUAAUCUAUAUUUUAGUAAAUGUGUUUUGUUCAUUCACAA